UAUGGCAGGAGCAGAUGUACUUUUAGAUACAAAACUUUGGAUUUUCAAAUAAAUCAUAUGUUUGAUUGUUCAGUAAAUGUCAGAGAAUUUGUAUGGCUUUUGUUUCUCCGUAGACUCCCAGAGCAGAUGAAAAUGGGUCAGUAAACAAAUGAAUGGAUCUGCAUAAUGGGUUUGCUGUGCCAUGCUUCUGUACCAAUCAAUAACCUGGAUUCAUGCCAUACAUAAAGGCAAACAUACAAAGCAGAUUGAGAUACGAAGAGGGACUGCGGUUAAAACUAGGUCACUAAUGCCACUAGAAAAGAGAAACUCACUGACUACAACAAAUGACCAAAACAAAGUUCACAAGAAUCUCAAGCUUAAAGAUGUUGAUUGUUGAAGUUUUUUCCAUGAGCACCACAAAAUACCAGCUCGCCAUUUGGUUUUGCUUUUCUUCACCUUUACAACAGAUGUUAACCUUCACAGUUAGUUAUUUCUGACAUAGUUGAUGCCACAUGCCCAUUUGGUUUAAACUGUCUUCCUCUGUUCUCGUGUGGUGAGCCUGCUUUCUCAGGCCUUUGAUGGGUGUAAGUAGUGCUUGAGCCUGGGCACAGACCUGGUUCCAUGAGAACUCCUUCCAUAGUGUGAGCCAAACAGGGGUGCAGGUCUUCAUGGGUGACUGAACACUGGCGAGCAUUCACGAUCCGAGUCUCACACCAUGAAAGGUUGACCCACAAUGAAGCCUCCCACAUUUGUAUGAGCUUCAUCAUCAUUCAGAUUGUGUCCUCAAGUAGGGGCGUGGCGCUGUGUCCACACUGAAUCUGAGCUUGCAGCACUCAGGCUUUCACAUGAUUAUUCCCACAGCCUGUUAGUAUUUUAGGUAAAGCUGAGUGCAGCCUUUCUUCUGGGCUUUAUUCAUUUGGUUCAGCUCAUAUACGGAGUUCUACUUUGCAUGACAUUUUUUUUUUUUAAUUUAAUUGCUGUAAAAGCACCACCAGUCAACAUUCAAAGGAUUGACACUAUAUCGUUUCUGAUGAUAACUGCAGUAUUUAAUGUAAUACUAAUCGUAUCUCACUCACUUUGUAAUGUCAUAAUUCCAGUACCGGUAUCUGGUGGACAAACUAAAUGACCUUAUGGCACCUUAACACUGGUCAUCGGCCAGUUCUCCCAGCUUCUUUAAGGACAUUCAAAUGUCUUCUUUGGAUGUUGGUUGUCAUUUAUUCUGUUCUCUGUCAACAUUCUGAAAAUGCUCCGGUACAAGGAGUGGACUGAAAAUGAGUGAAAAAAGUGCAGACAUUGUCCAAAGAAAAGCCUUCAGAAGGCCUGAAGAACUAUGGCUCAAGACCACUUUUAAAAAUUACGACAACGUCUGGCUCCUUGGAAGCAAAAUGUAAAAGUAUGAGGUGAACCUCAAGACCUUUGCACACCAUCUUUGUAUUUCAAGCCUCUAUUUUAACAUCUAGGCUCCAUUUCGGAGCCACAAGUGACCAAAUUUGAUAAGUUAUCAGCUAAGCUUGGUUAGCAUGCUUCCUUAGAUUUCACAUGUACUGUCUGUUUUGGUAUCCUCCUAUUGAAGAGGCCAUGUCCCCAAUAGUACAUAACUUUAAGCUAUAAUUAAAUUUAAAUGAGUGAGUACAGUUUUCAAAAAGAUGGAAUUUAGAUAUGUUCAUUUCUGCUGGAGUUUUUAGCACUUUGCUUCAUUUUUUUCAUCCUGCUUUAGAUAAAAGAAACAAAAAAACAAACAAACAUUACAAAAGACAUAUGUCAGUAAAUACUAUUUAUACUACUUCUUUUUUUUGCCCGAUAGCACUUUUUCACCCAAGUAAUGGAUGCAUUUGCUGUGAUAACUAUGAUCUUUAUGCCAAAACAAAAGUUUAUUCACAGUCAGAGUUUUUAAUGAAAGGCACAUGUUUUUGGUACUAAAAUCGAGAAUUUAUUAAAAUAAGUCCUAAAGCACAUUUUGACCUGUUCUGAUCACAUGUUUUAAAUUUCCUUUCACACAAAUGAUAUAAACAUGUUGUUGUCCAAACACUCUUAAAGGUUUGCAGAUGGAUCACUGGAUUGAUCUUGACUUUUUAAUUUUUUCUCAGUAACAUGAAGCAUCCAGUGUCGACCACUCCAGUACAUUUAGUCCUGCACAUAAUCAGGCUCACUGGAUGCUUUACUUGAGCUCCUGUUAUACCUAAUGUGAAUCACAAGUGUGGAAUCCACUGAAUCAGCUGUUAACGCACAUAUGCGGAGAUCAAACACUUCAAACAUAAGGAACAUGUUGGUUCUUCUUGCUUUAAUGGGGCUGAUGGUAAAAACGCUUGAAGAUUAGUGCAGCAUUUGUUGUUGUGGGAUCCCUGCUAAGUUCACUUCCCUGACCCCCGAGGCUCCCCUCCCCUGUUGUUCCCCCUCAUCUCUGAGGUCUGGUAUCCGUGAGAAGACCCCACUCCAACUCUACUCCACCAGCCCCCCCUUCCUCAGCUGAAAGGCCUUUCUCUCAUUAGCAUGCCCCUGGGGCUUCUCGGCCUGCUGUUGCCAAACAAACACAGCCAAUAUCUUCCUCACUGUCUCCUCUGGUCAUCUCUCAUCAUUCAUUUUGGCCUGGCCCUGUUAUUUUCAUGAGUUGUUUCUCAUGGUGUCGUCGUCUUGGCUUUAAUUUCUCCCUCUUUAAGUUUUUACAGGUCUUUUUUUUCUUUGUGAUUUUCUGUUUCUUCAAUUUUCACAUGCUGCUUCCUCUGUUGUCUCUAUCAGCCCAGAGGAUGCUCUGCGUCCCCGUGUAGGAAAUGUAGACGUGCCUUCCUUUCAUGUGUCCUCUUUAUGAUUUAGAAACCACCAGAUUGAGGGAAGAGACCGGUCAGAGGUUGCUAAUGUAUGCUGCAGGAGCAGAGGGCAUAUGGUGCAAAUCAGAAGAUGAAGGGUUUACCCUUGACCACAACACAACCACACAGCAUGCACUCUCGCCCUCUCUUGGACUCUGGUCACAUGGGAGAUAGACAAAGAUGACUGUGUGCAUAUAUGCUUUCAGCCUAAGCUAUAGUUUUCACCCACAGCUAAAGUAGUGACUUCCACUUUCUUGUUGUCACCAGAUUUCCUCCCAUUGCUUUUCUUUCUGAGACAGAGAUGCCCAAGAGGAGGAGAAUGAGGAGUGUGUUCAUGGCAUGGGCAAAGAUUUCUGUGUCAUUAGGAGGAAACUUUAAUUUAACUGUUGGUUAAGAAACUGUUGAUUUAUUCAAAGAGAAUAUAUAAAAGUUUUGGUCAAGGAAGGCAUGUAGUAAGCUCAAGAAAGUGCUUACCUGACAAGAUCUCAAACAAAAGCUGUGAUUUACUGUGGAGAGUUGCCUUCACAAGGCAGGACACAAUUAAACGAUGGAACAUAGCAGCAAGGAAAGUGAGAGACGGAGAUACAGAAGGCAGAGCCAUGCAGGAAGGAAAGAGAACGAGAAACGAGACUGUCAGGGGGAGAAAGGAAGAGAGAAUCUGCUGAAAAAAGAAGAAGAAGAAAAAAAAAACAUUUUUGCUGGGUAGAAGAAAAACAACCAUGGAAACUCAAUCAGACGAAAACCAAGACCAGAGGCAGGACAAAAGAGGUUGCUUUGAGUGCUGCAUCAAAUGUUUAGGCGGCGUGCCCUAUGCAUCUCUGGUGGCUACGAUCCUCUGCUUCUCUGGUGUCGCCCUAUUCUGUGGAUGUGGCCAUGUGGCCCUCACUGGCACUGUGACCAUCCUGGAAAACCACUUCUCCAAGGUCACCAGCGAUAAUGCCAUGCUCACUGACAUAAUACAGCUGAUGCAGUAUAUCAUCUACGGCAUUGCUUCAUUUUUCUUCCUCUAUGGGAUCAUUCUGCUUGCUGAGGGUUUCUAUACAACUAGCGCAGUCAAGGAACUGCACAGCGAGUUCAAGACCACCAUCUGUGGACGAUGCAUCAGUGGAAUGUUUGUGUUCCUCACAUACAUCCUGGGUGUGGCAUGGCUCGGUGUGUUUGGCUUCUCUGCUGUGCCCGUCUUCCUCUUCUACAACAUGUGGUCUACCUGUGCUGCCAUGAAGUCUCCAAUGGCCAACUUCACAAACAUUGAUUCCAUCUGCGUGGAUGCCCGUCAGUAUGGAAUUAUCCCGUGGAAUGCCACACCAGGCAAGGCCUGUGGAUCAACGCUAGGUGACAUCUGCAACACCAAUGAGUUCUACCUGUCUUAUCACCUGUACAUCGUAGCGUGCGCCGGGGCAGGAGCCACUGUCAUCGCUCUGAUCCACUUCCUCAUGAUUCUCUCAGCAAACUGGGCCUACCUUAAGGAUGCCAGUCAUAUGCAUGCCUACCAAGACAUCAAAAUGAAGGAAGAGCGGGAGCUGCAGGACAUCACCUCACGCUCAAAGGAAUGCCUCAAUUCCUACACAUAAGGAUAUUUCAAGCUUACAAUCCACACGCACACAUACAUAAGCACACAUACUUACAAUAACAGACACUGUGGCCAACCACUGUGGGCCCUCUGGACCAAGGCGACUCUCAGCUAAAAUAACAUGCCAACUGACACUGUGCAGUACUAACCAGGCUCCUAACAGACUAAUGCAUCAGUGUUGCUUUCUGCACUAAUUGUUUCACAACUGCUCUGUGAAGUUUCAUUCAUGCUAAUUUUUAUUUUUCAUUUUCUGUAGGGAAGAGUGAUCUGAGUUCUGAUGUUCGUGUGUUUUUAUAACCUUUGUUGUUUUUUUGCUGGUGAAGCUUGUGACAUUGCACUAUUCCUACACAGCACACCAGUGUUUCACAGUCUUGCUCGAUCCUUCUUUAGUUUUCAGCUAAGGAAGAUGAAACAUUUUGGUUUUUGUUCUGUUUUGCAGAUGUAUUAUACAAAUGAACAGCCUUACAUCCAGUCUGAGUUAUGCGUCACACUAUACUGACCUUUUUAGGGAAAGUAAACUAUUGCACCAGAUUCUUUUAUAAAAUAGUUGGUAAUACAUGCACUAUAAAUCUAUAAUCCUUGAUGAUUAUGAAUUUACUUGCAUUUCCAUCUCAGUUGGUGAUUGUCUGAAUGCUGUUCAUUAGUUAUGGAUUAGUUAUUAGCUGUACAGCUACUUAAGUCAUGGCCUACAUUACCUCUACCUCAGGUGAGCACUAGAGCCUAUGGACAAACAAUUCCCAUUGCAAGGUGUAAAUUAAACCAAUUCCAGUUGUAAAAAGAUGUCUCAAAGACAUAGAUAGGUUUGUGUAGCUACACCCCCACACAUGCACAACAGUUCAACUGAUUCACAGUACUAUAGACUUUGGAUAAUGCUACAAGAAAAACUUACUCUGACCUGUACGUAUUCAUUUAGGCACAUAGGAGGAAAAAACAAAAACAUCAGUACUUGCCAAUGAAGAGUUGUGAUUAUCUGCAACAUGCACAAUAUGAUCAAAAAUGACUUGAUUUAACGGAAAUCCUAUUAAUAAGCAUAACUAUGUCACAUGCGUUUGAAGAAGUUCAGUUAAAUUUAUUACAGGUCACAUUUUUUCAUUUCUUACCUUUUUUCACAAUUUUCUAUAAUUGUAUAUUAAUGUGCAAUUUUCACAAUGUUAAAAUAACAACUUGUAAUCUUUAUUAGCUGAGUUACAGGGAUAAUUCGAGAUGUUACUUUGUUGUAUAAAGACGACCACUUCUGUGGUGACCUGUGAUGUACAGUUAUGUAUACUGACUUCAGUAGUUGGCAGUGUUUGCCCAUUUCCUGUUUUUCUAACAGAAUAUAAAGCUAUGUAGCACAUUAGUUAGAUCUUUUUUUUAGGUUCUUUUAAUCACUUGAGAAGUAUACUUUAUUGUUUUGUUGCCUGAUAGUAUGCCUGUAUUUUCUAUGUAUGUCAAGGGCUUCAUGAUUAACUGAUACUUAACUUUUCAAAACUGUCAAGCAACAAUUAGCCACAACAACAGUCCUUUAAACAGUUGUAUAAAAUUAUAAAUGGUAAAUUCAGCCAAAGUAUGAAUGCCAGUGUUAAACGGUAUCUGUUUGAUACAGUGGUACAGACCCUACAGUGCUUUAUGUAGGACUGGCAAUAGGUGUGGUCGAGCGGAUAGAUGACAGAUGUACAUGAAGGUAAUGUACGCCACAUCUUGUCUUUGUAUGUUGUGUUUCCUGUUAAAUGAACCAAAAAAGUAAAUACAAGGCUAUCUAUCAAUCACCAGGAGGACAGUAAUCAGUUAAAAGAAAACAAACAAAAACCAUCCUGUCUGACUGGAAACCCCUUUAUGAAACAACUUCACCGGCCUGUUGACUGUUUUUAUGAAAAUAAAUAAAAAUGUUUUUUUAAAAACGUU